AUGGUCGCUUUCGUAAAGAGAGUCGACCUUGAAAUACCGGAUAAUCGAAUAACCGAAGCACUAACAAAAGUUGGCCUAGAUGUUAUCAAUGUUACUCGAUUAAACCGAAAAGAUGGCAAUACACCUGCAAACACCAUUAAAAUAACAUUUAAGGAUGCAAACAAUCGAAACACAUUUAUCCACACUGGACUACAAGUGGAUUCGAUGCACUUUAGUGCUGAAGCUGCAUCACAAAAUAAAAAGCCAGUACAAUGUUACAUUUGUCUUCAGUACAAUUAUGUAGCAAAGUACUGCAAAACAAAACAGCAAAUAUGUGCUAAAUGCGGUGAUAAACAUCGUAUCGAGCAAUGUACUGCUGCAAAUGAUGCAAUUAAAUGCAACAACUGUAAACGUAAACAUUUGGCAACUAACCACUUCUAUCAUUCAUAA